ACAAGAUCCAAAGUUCCACACAAAACAUCCCCUGAACAUGUUGGUCAUAUGAGCAUCAUGUAUCUGAAAGCCCUGUCCAGCAGAGUCCUGUGGUCUGGCUGUAGAGGAGGCUGUGUUCGAGGCUAUUACAACACCGGGACACCCAGGGACCAAGCCCCGGGCACGGCGGCCCACGGCCGGGUCGUGGACCUCCGCAGCGACACGGUGACCAAGCCAGGGCCGGCGAUGAGGCAGGCAAUGGCGGAGGCCGAAGUCGGAGAUGACGUGAUGAGGGAAGACCCGAGUGUUAACGAGUUACAGGAAAUUGCAGCAGAUAUGUUUCGGAUGGAAGCUGCACUAUUCGUUCCCUCUGGAACCAUGAGUAAUCUCAUCGCAGUGAUGGUGCACUGCAGAGAGCGGGGCGACGAGAUGAUCGUGGGCGAUCUGUCCCAUUUACACAUCUAUGAGCAAGGAGGGAGCGCACAGCUAGCAGGGGUCCACGCCACCACAGUAAACAAUCUCCCUGAUGGAUCAUUUGACUUGGAGCAGCUGGAAUCAAAGAUCCGCCACGGUUACCCCGACCCCCACUACCCACGCUCACGCCUCAUAUGUGUGGAGAACACACACAACAUACAGGGAGGGCGUGUGCUGCCUCUGACCUUCCUGCAGAAGGUUCGUGCUUUGGCAGAUAGAUAUGGUCUGUCAGUCCACAUGGAUGGAGCCAGGGUGAUGAAUGCUGCUGUGGCCCAGAGGGUGCCUCCAUCCACCAUACUGCAGCACACACACACCGUCAGUGUGUGCCUCUCCAAGGGUUUGGGUGCCCCCGUUGGAACCAUGCUGGCUGGACCUCGAGACUUCAUAUCCCAGGCGGUGCGGUGCCGUAAAGCUCUGGGUGGGGGGAUGCGACAGGCUGGAAUACUGGCAGCAGCUGGGAAAAUGGCUCUACUGGACAUGGUUGGAAGACUGGAGGAAGAUCACCACAAUGCAAAGACCUUUGCUCAAGCUCUGCACGAUUGUGACCCUCGUCUAUUCGCUGUAGACAUGGCCACCGUGGAGACAAACAUCCUGCGGUUCUACCUACAGGAGCCCAGUUUAAGCCCCUCUGAGUUCUGUGAGCGCAUGGCUCAGGUUGGCGAUGGAGAGGAGGCGGCACUGGGACAGGGGAUACAGGUUCUCAUGUACCCCCAUUUCGGAAAUUCAGUAAGGGCUGUAUGGCAUCUUGGGAUUUCCCCUGAAGAUACCCAGCUGGCCAUCAGGAAAAUGCAAUUUGUGGCUUCUCAGUACUUGGAAGAAAAAGUCAGAGCCCAGUGAAACCUGGUACCUGCUAAAAUGUGUAGUAAAAUAUCCAAGACUGAGUUUAGUAAAUUUACAGGCUAAUCUAGAAAGAGAUGUCAAGCACAAAUACUGUACAACUGGAGUAACUUUUGAUAGCUUCUGGUUUAUGCUCUUAGAUGCUUGUUUAAGAAAGGAGAUGCACUUAUGACUUCUGGUGACUAGUAGUUCUCUUGAAUACCUAUGUUGAAUACACUUCCUGUAAGUCGCUUUGGAUAAAAGCGUCUGCUAAAUGACUGUAAUGUAAUGUAUUUCUAUUAAUUUCAUUUUUUUUAAAUUAAUAUUAAAUGAAU